AUGGACACGCUCUCAGACACAGACAUCCUCUAUUCUGUGCUAGGCGGAUUGCAACCUGGCGGGACAUGUCUUUCCUGGAUCGCCGGUUUGAUCACAUGUGAAGCUCUACGAUUGACUCAGCGUUUCGACGACAACACAUCAUGGGAUAAGCGGUUUUUUGUUUACUUCAGCUUGCUUAUGUCGGUUACGUUGGCCGGACUUUUUGCGGCGAUGUUAUACCAUUACUGCAUCGAAAGCUAUGGCAAUUACCAGAGUCUCCUGAAGCUCACUACUAUGUCAUUACAUUUUCGGCAGGGUUCUGUAGCUAAUUAUUCUAGCACUACAUUAGGAUACUCAUUUUACGCACAUUCUGUGUGGGCGUCUGGACUCGGGAAAGUCAAAGUUUGCAAAGUACCGGUCGUCAAAAUCCUCACUGCAUUACUGCUGGCGGGCCUAUGCGUCGUAGUUAUCCUCGGAAUCCCUCGGGCAUUCACCGUACCAACCUUCGAAACAGUUGCGGAUCAUGGGUCUUCAGGGCUAUGGGCUUACGAUCUUGCAAAAUCCAAAGCAGUUCGAAACAUGCUCGCGGGCAACAACGAUCCGCUUCGAUUCGCUUCCAGUAUCCUCUGUCUAGCUUGCCAAACAGCAAUUUUCACAACAAUUUUUGACGGUAUCUCGCUUUGUCUACGCAACACAAAGGGGGCGGGAAUCGGCUACACCAUGAUGUCUCUGAGCGCCGAAUUACAUCUAUUUGGUCCCAUCAUGUCCAUCAGUGCUACGCUGCAAGAAGACUGUCUGGUUGAUCAAGCGUCGACAUGUUCAAUGGCAAAGACUGAAUGUAAGGCAGCAGCCCCUGCAAGCACCAAGAAACUCACUUUCCAGACACAAGAGAAAAGGUUGAUGAAGGGAUAUUAA